UUUGUAGAUCAAAUCGACAAAAUCAGACUUUGGAUCCGACACUGGAACUGUAUAUGAAACUUAGUGAAUCAGGCAAUUUUAGUGAUGGAAUCAACAAAUAGUCAGUAUCAGAUUUCUGAAGCUCUGGACUCCUGACAGCAUCUAACAGAAAAGAAUGGUUUUGCUUCACUAGUACUCCUUCGGUUUCUAAAUAAUUGAACUUCUAGUGUUUUUCAAAGUCAAACUUCUUUAUGUUUGACCAAGUUUAUAGAACUUUAAUCAUUUUGGAACAGAGGGUGUACUGAUUAUUUCAACAUUGACAGGAGCAAAGCUGCAAAGGAACAUAAACUUCCAUGCUUUAUUGUCCCCUAGUAUGUCAAAGGCGGAAAAAAAAGAUCACACUACAUAAUAGGCCAUCUAAUAGGAAAAAGUAGCUUUGCUUCACUAGUACUUUACUGUACAUACCAUUACAUAGUUUGAAUGCACGAGAAGUUUCAACAUAGAAAACAGAUAGAAUACUUGUAAAAGAGGGCAUACGCAAACAACCCCAAAACAGCAAUCUGGACAUCAUAGACUUCACCCAUGGCACAAUUAGUGAAGGCUGCUACACGCAUGCUGGUAGCUAGCAACUAACAUGUACUACUAGGAAAGGUCUCACGAUGCCCAUAGGCGACGAUCUUGUACACUUCAAACAAACGGGGAAGACUUUGCAUCUGGUGCAUGCUAAGGUUGUGCUUUCCUUUCCUCUCUCAAGCAAGAAACAAAGUAAUCCUAAUCUUGCCUUGCAAGGCAAAGAUAUGAUGAAUCCCAAUUGGUUACCAACUCCAACAGUUAAUGUGUUUAAUGCCGUCAAAUCACACGGAAGAAGCAAGAUUUUCCGUGUCUUGAAACUCUUGAUCAAAGAUGUUACCCAAACAGCUGUUCUUGGGUUACAGACCUGAAGAAACUUGGCAUAGUUUAGCCCUGAAGGCAAAGCAAGUCAGGGCUUACGGGGUGGGGCACUGGCCAGCCAGAUAUUACUACUAAAGAGCUUUGUUUCAUGGAGACUGCAGGAAUGAUGAAACCUUCUAAAUGGGAAGCAAGCAAGCAGAGGAGAUCAAGAAUCUCCUUCUCAAGAUAAUAAUUCCCUUGGCUUUUCCCCUGGCAGGUUCUUUUAUCUGCGGCCUCAUAGCAGAUAGAGCAAUCAGGCACAGUGACCUAGACUCAUCUGAUAACUCAAUCCAGUUGGAUCAAUCAUCGUCAGACGGUUUGAGAUUGAUUCAAGGAGAGGAGGGAGGAGGAGAAAUGGAGUCCCCGAACCGGGCGCCGCGGAAGCUGGUGCAAGCGGAGACCCCCUACAGCACCGGCAGGGUCGUCGGCGGUGGACAUGCGAAGCAGGCUUCUCUCACUGAAGAAAUCAUGGUGGCGCAGGACACCGAGAGCUCAUCGGAAGUUUCAGUCAACAACCAGAGGCUCCAGGACGUUCAGGGGACGCCCGCCGGCGCCGAAGAGGUCGGGAGCCUGAAGCGCGUGGUGUCGGCCCUCGAAGAGCGGGCCGCCGGCAUCGAGAAGCGGUUCCAGGACUACUGUGACGCGAAGGAGCAGGAGGCGACGUACCAGAAGAUGCAGAUCAUGUGCCUGGGGAUGAAGCUGGAGCUGCUAGAGUCCCAGAACCAGCGGCUUGAGGCGGCCGCCACGGAGAUCCGGGCCGCCGCCGAAGAGUUCGCCGUGAUGCGGGCGGGCCUCGACGCGCUGCAGAGCAAGUUCAGGAAGGUCGCCAAGAAGAGCAGGCAAGAGUUCGACGCCAUUGAUGGGAGGAUCCUGGCCUUGGAUGCCCGGGAGGCAGAGAUGGCGGCGAGGUGCCGAGGCUUUGAGCAGCUCAUGGCGGAGAUGAAGGAGCUGGUUUCGCAGCUGCAGAAGGGGAAAGGAACAGACAGUGAGAGCGUGGAGGUCGCCGUGGAGAGGAGCAUGCGGAAGCUGUCGAGCAGCAAGGACCUGCUGGACGGGAUGGGGGUGCUCCGGGACCGGUGGGCGGCGGACAUGGAGGAGCUCAUCUACCUCGGCUGGAUCACGGCGUGGCUGCAGCACGACCUCCUGGUCAGCGACGGCGAGGGCGGCGCCGCCAAGGGCCCGGCGGCGAUUGGGGACGACGACGACGAUGGCACCCACCCGACGGCGGAGGAGCAGCGCAAGAAGGGGGAGAAGAUGGUGGCGGUGGCCGCGCCGAUCAACGAGGUGGAGCUCCGCAAGACGUCGUCCAACGCGUCGUCGUGCGCCGCGGGAGAGGAGUCGUGCAUGGGGCUGGCGGGCUGCAGGACGGGAAUCGGACGCCCGAGAUUGCUCCGCAAGAUCAGAGGGUGGGCCAAGGGAAAGGGUCCAAGCAAGAGCAGUGAGUGAUGAAUAAUUCAUUGGUGCUGAUUAAUUUGCUUGUGAUCACUCGUGAGAAUAAUGUAUGUUUGAGUCAAAUUGCGUUGUUGAAAGAUAAUAAAUAUGGUGCAUAUGAUGUGUUUUUUUACCCAGUUCAAUCACAGAUGCUGACAUAC